AUGCUUCGCAUUAGUUAUUCAGCUCUCAGCACUGCCUCAGUGGGUGCUGCCGCUCUGCGGCUCAAAGACAUCAACGAUGUCUUCCGAACGGCCCAGAAGGUGUGGAAUGUCGACUUCCAAGGGGGGUCGGCUACAACGAAAACACUUGACUUCCGCUAUAAUCGCUCUCCGGCGGUGCCGUUGUUCCACAUCAUGGACCUUGAUGGUGGUAUCUUGUUGAAUGAAGAGUCAACCUCCGUUAACGGCGAUCACGACCCAUUGUUCCAUUUCAAGCCCAAGGAUGAGGAGAGUCUAAUAUCGCGCCCUUUGGCGGAGCGAAUGCUUCGAACGAUGAUUGUUCAGAACACCGUGGAUAAGAUCCUCCUCGAGGCGCAACGCCAGGGACGCAUUAGCUUCUACAUGACCAUGUUCGGUGAGGAAGCAGCUGUCACAGGGGCUGCAGCGGCUCUGCAAGAUCAAGAUCAGCUUUAUCUGCAGUACCGUGAAGCGAGCGCCCUAACAUAUCGCGGUUUUACGAUAAAAGAUGCUAUCGCGAAGUGCAUGGGGAACACCGAUUGUAAACAUAAAGGUCGAAUGAUGCCCAUGAUUUAUGGUUCUGACAAUAUCAACGCGCAGAUGAUAUCCGCGCCCCUGGCUACGCAGAUACCUCAAGGGUCCGGCGCUGGCUACGCGCUUCGCUUGGAGAACGAGGAGCUGCUCAAGGGUCUGCCUCCCGGGACGGACCUCUCACAGGUUCCUGGGGCGCGUAUUUGUGCGACCUUUAUGGGUGAAGGUGCUACAAGUGAGGGCGACUUCCAUGCCGCGCUUAAUUUUGCCAGCACGGUAGGCUCACACACGUUAUUUUUCGUGCGGAACAACGGAUACGCCAUUUCGACGACUACCUCCGAACAAUACCACGGCGAUGGAAUUCUAUCGCGAGUCGCAGGCUACGGCAUGCCAGGGGCGCGGGUGGAUGGCAACGAUAUUCUCGCCGUGUAUCAUACCGUGCGUCAGGCGCGAAAGAUAAUCUUAAGGCAUAACUUACCAGUCCUUGUGGAGGCUUUUACGUACCGCAUGGGCCACCAUUCCACGUCUGACGACAGCACCGCCUAUCGCAAGAAGGAAGAGAUCGAAUUCUUCACUCGAAACCUCGAACCGAUCAAACGUUUUGAGCAGUUUAUGAUUCGUCGUGGCUGGUGGGACGCGGAUCAGUCCGCGAGUGUGGUGAAUGAGACUCGCAAGGAAGUGAUGAGUGAGCUGCGACGCCAGGAAAAGUUGCCCCACUGGCCGGUCGAGACGCUCGUCGAUGACGUUUUUGACAAACCAACUCCACAUUUAGAUCAACAGAAGAAGCAGUUGAUCGAACACUAUGAGCGAUACAAGACACAGUACGAUAAGGAGAGAGAUUAG